AGAAUUACCUCCCCUAUUAAGAACGUGCACACGUUCGUCUGUUCGAUAUUAAUUAAAAUGGCGUACGCAAAUGACAGACGCAGACGAUGAAUAAAUAAUGGAGGCUAAUGUUUUGUAUGGGAUUUUGCAAAAAACUGUAGAUGCGAAUACUGUUAAUAAAACUUCUGAAGGAAGGAGAAACAUGUAUAAUAGUGAAAGACACCGAUCAGGAUUUUCCCAUCUGUACUCAAACCUUGAUAGUGAACAUGAUGAAACAGUCCAAGGAAGCGUUACUUCAGUACAAAAUGCUACAGAGCAUCAAGAAAAUGUGGCAUCCAAUGACAAUCAGGUCGCAGGUUUGUUGAAGCAGCUCAAGGUGUGCAUAGACCACAACACGGAGGUGCUGCAGCAAGCUAUGGAAACCAUGCAGGUAGUGACGAGGUCAAUGAACCGCACACCUGUACAGAACGAUGAAUUGGUCAUCCCUGACACCAAGCGACCUGAUAAGGUGACAGUUGAGCUGAAGUGUACAUUCCUGAAGAUUGCAGAGAUUGACACCAUCACGCAGCAGUUUGAGGCAGACCUGUUUGUACAAGCAAAGUGGGAGGAGCCUAGCCUCGCUAUGCUGGAAAACAGUACCCAGGCCAUAGAAGACUUUGACAAACUGAUACCAUGGGAUCCAAAGCUGAUUGUAAUGAACAUAGAUGGUGCUUUCCUUCUCAACAGAAGAACCUACGAUAUACGACUACAUGAACCUGGCUAUAAAUACCCUUUGGUUAUUCAAAUGUGGAGAUUUAUGGGCCUCUUCAAAGAAAACCUGGAAUUGCAACACUUUCCUGUUGAUGUUCAGGAACUGACUGUUUCCAUAUCGACUGAGCGCUCGUGUUCAGAGGUAGACCUAAUUGAGGACCAGACUGCCCUUAGCUCCAUCAACACCAAGACUUUCAUGGACCAGCAAGAAUGGAACUUGUACAACCACAUUGAGACGUUCCGAGACUUCACAGCGGUGGAGUACUGCAGUUCCACAGUACAUCCCAUACUUCAUGCCCAAUGUAGAGUAGCUAGAAAGGUGGGCUACUUUGGAUGGAACAUUGUCUUCAUCAUGUUACUGAUCAACAGCCUGACGUUUGCUGCCUAUGCCAUAGAGUACACGUCUCCUGACCGACUCAUGGUGACCAUCACCCUGUUCCUCACUGCCGUGGCCUUCAAACUUGUCGUGAAACAGAGUCUGCCCACUAUCUCCUAUCUCACCUACCUGGAUGAGUAUGUGAUUGCGUCGCUGAUCUUUCUGGGCAUGCAGGCAGCCCAGAACACCACCAUGAACCUCCUGUCUCGCUUCCUCACCAAGAAACAGGUGGAGUUCUGUGACAAAACCACCAUGGUCUUCAUGGCAUUUGUGCUGAUCUUGUUCCAUGCGUGCUUUGGAAUCUAUAUAUAUCAUACUGCAUCUAAACGCAGAAGAAUAAUGGCUGAAAAGGACAAAAUGUAUGCAUCAAGGCGUGAGUUUUUGCUGCAGUAUGGAACCCUUCCCCAGAGAACAGAAUCUGCCACAGAGAGACUGGCUGACUACUACGACACAUUGGCCAACCUUUCGCUGAGUCUCGAGAAACCAAAACAAAACAGGCUUUAAAUGUUCCUUUGCUGCAUUGUCAUGCAUAAUUAGAUUCAUGAACUCUUAAAGGUAGAAAUUGCCUGUGCUUCAGAAUUCUUGCAUUAAUUAAAUGUAAGUCAUUGUGGUUGUCUUCAGUUAAACAUAAAACAAGUGGACAUGAUGCGAUUUGCAGUGCACAGAGGAAAACUAGCAGAAAGUUCUUUAUUAUUUGCAUCAAUUGUUACUGUAGAAGGAUUGCUGAUGGCACUGGAUCUGUGAAAACUACCUUUAAAUAUAGAAAUACAAACACACUUCUGAGGGCCCUAUGACCUAAUAGUGACUACCCAGCAGCCCAAUAUAUAUAGAUCCAAGUCAAAGACUGACGUCCAUAUGAGCCGCAUUCUAAGAAAACUGGGCUUAAUGCAUGUGCGUUAAGCGUCAUCCCAGAUAAGCAUGUGAAGCGCCCCCAGGCUAAUCAGGGACAACACUUUCCCCUUUUCUGACAUUUUUAGUUUAAAGGAAGUCCCUCCUUACCAAAAAUCAAGUUUAGGCGGAAAGUGUCGUCCCUAAUAAGCCUGUGCGGACUGCACAGGCUAAUCUGGGAUGACACUUUAUGCACAUGCAUUAAGCCCAGUUUUCUAAGAACGCGGCUCAUAUACAGUUUGGAGCCGUCAGGUAUUUAUGUUUCCAUAGUGUUGCCAGGUGAUCAAAAAACGUUAAAUUAAAUCUUUUGUUUAAAUGGUUUAAUAGCAUACUGUUAACCAAAAUGUUAACCAUUGUCUUGUCUUCACAAAGUGUUUGUAGUUAAUAUAUCUGGUGAAUCAGCAUUAUUCCUGACAGAUCAUAUCAAUUACAUCUUUUCCACAUGCAUUUUGAACAUAAAUAAGUUAUUGUUUCUAUUUAUUCCUUAUAAAAAUUAUUUAAUGCUAGUUUUGUGUCUGUUAUUUACAUUAAAAGAUGUUAUAUAUGUCUGUCCUCAAGUAUUAUCUUGUUGUUGCUUUUUUCACUGAAUAUUUAAGAUUUGUUAUUCUAUGUAAUAAUUAAUUUUCUUCUGAGUUCGUAUGUUAAUAAAAUAAACAGUCACAUGUUA